AUGGAAUCCUCAGAGGUAAUCGAGAGAAUUCUUAACGAAAAAGGAUACGAAAUAUGCAAAUUCAUUAACAAAGGGGGCUUUGGUACAUGCUUCCUUGUUCAUUCAUUGAAAUAUAACACAGAUUUUGUCUGCAAAGUUUCUCCACAAACAAUUGAUGGCAAAAGUAAGAUCUUAUCUCACAAAAGGGAGAUAAAUGCUUUAAUUAAUUUAAACCAUCCAAACAUAGUUCGUGUUUAUGACCAGUUUAUAAGUGAUAACUACCAGUUCAUUGUACUUGAAUACUGCCAAAAUGGAUCAUUGCAGAGCAUAUUGAAACAGAAAGAAAAGAUACCCACUGAAAGUGUAAUUAAAUACACAAGGGAUAUAAUUGAAGCAUUAUUUUAUAUGCAUUCUAAUGGUUUUGCACAUUGCGAUAUCAAACCAGGUAAUAUACUCAUUGAUAACUAUGAUAGAGCAAAAUUAUGUGAUUUUGGCUUAUCAGAAUUUUUUGACAGUGAAUUGCGAACAUCUGAUCAUUUCUGUGGCUCCAUUAAUUACAUGGCACCAGAAGUAAUCUAUAACAAGACAUUUGAUCCCUUCAAAGCUGAUAUUUGGUCCCUUGGAAUUACAAUUUAUUAUUUACUUGCUGGAAGAACUCCAUUUUUCGGAUCCAAUACAAGUUCUAUUCUUGAAGAAAUGAAAGGCGGAAUCCAGCCAAUAAAAAAUGUAACAAAAAGAUUGAACAGAUUAAUUCAAAUGUGCUUGGUAUUUGAUGCAAGUAGCCGACCAACAAUGGAAGAGCUUCGUAAAUAUGCUUCAAAAUACCUUAUUCAGAUACAAAGUGAAAAAGUUUCGGGUCAUUCGUUAAUUCAGAGAGCUGCAAGGAGAUGCAUCAUUGAUGGCUCAAGGAGAUUAACAAGAGUAUCUAAUAGUUUUGUUUGUUAA